AUGAAGGCGCCGACGAAGGAAACCGGCAGCGAAGAAGGGAGCAAUCACGAAGCUUCACCAGCGAAAUUCCCUUACCUUCCUCAAGAGUUAAUCACGGAGAUUCUCCUUCGUUCACACGCCAGAUCGUUAGGGCGAUUCAGAUGCGUGUCAAAGCCUUUUCUAUCUCUCUUGUCGGAUCCCAAGUUCGCGAGGAACCACCUUCAAAACGACGCGGCACGGUCGGGCCAACGUAUACUUCUCCUGUCAAAGAAUUAUAAUCUAUUCGCUGUGGAAGAUUUCAACUCGAUCGGAGAUGGUUCCGAAGGAACUAGGGUUUUGACUGGUGUGAAACUUGACUACCAAGAAAUCAGGAACAAUUGGGUUGAGAUCGUCGGGUCUUCGAACGGGUUAGUGUGUAUCUGUUUGGAUGGAAAGACUCUCUUGUUGUACAAUCCAACCACAAGAGAACCGAAGAGAGUACCGGAUUUGCCUGAAUCUCUGCGUUUUAAAACCGACAAAACAUGGUUUAGUCAUGGGUUUGGUUUCGACACCGUGACCAAUGACUACAAAGUGUUGAAGUUUGUUGAAGGAAACAACAACUUCGUCUAUUCAUUGAGAACAGACUCGUGGAGGCGGAUACGCAACAUGCCUUAUAAGAACGUCCACUUCAACUACACGGUGGAGCUCAACGGAGCGGUCAACUGGAUUAACAUACUCCUUGGAGGAUUUCAAGAACAGGUUAUGGCGUUUGAUCUUCAGACAGAGGAGUUCCGAGUCAUGUCCUUGCCUGAUUUGACAGAGGAAUGUGACCCCUUGUACGAGAGCUCUGCGCUCAGUACACUCAAAGGUCGUCUCUGUGUGACUCGCAGUUGCUUUAUGAAGCAUGACGUGAUGUGGGUGAUGAGCGAGUACGGCGACGAACGUUCAUGGAGUAAGAUUCGAAUCAGCGUUUCCUACAGGUUUAUGAUACCAGUGUGUUCGACCAAGAAUGAUGAUGAUGUCGUUCUUCUAGUCGCUGAUUGGUUCUUAGUCUUGUACAACUUUAAGUGCAAUACUUGGAGUAAUCUUGAAAUCUGCGGUCUUGACUUGGGAGAGGCUCUUCAAGCAACAACAUACGUGGAGAGCCUUAUAUCUCCCAACUUAUAUGGUACAAAGAUAUUUAAAAACCCAUAG